AUGGGGAUCAAACAACUAUACCAUGUCAUCGCCGACGAGGCACCUGACGCCAUCAAAACUGGUGAAAUCAAGAACCACUUCGGCAGGAAAGUUGCUAUUGUAAGUGUCCCUACUCUGCCCUUGACGGCCGAGCUAAUUCUUGUAUCCAGGAUGCGUAUGCCUGAAUCAGUCUUGAAUGAGGCGACAUCGGCUGACUCCCACAGGUCCAUGAGUAUCUACAGCUUUUUGGUCGCGGUUCGUUCAGAUGGCCAACAACUCAUGUCGGACACCGGUGAAACUACGUCGCAUCUCAUGGGAAUGUUCUAUCGAACUUUGCGCAUAGUCGACAACGGCAUUAAACCACUUUACGUCUUCGACGGAGCACCCCCCAAAUUGAAAUCGGGUGAGUUGGCGAAGCGGUUUGCCCGGAAGAACGAAGCCAGCGAACAGCAUGAGGAGGCCAAAGAAACCGGGACUGCGGAAGAGGUGGAGAAAUUUUCAAGACGUACAGUGAGAGUCACCAGAGAGCAUAAUGAAGAGUGCAGAAGAUUACUCAAGUUGAUGGGCAUUCCAUACAUCAUCGCCCCAACUGAGGCUGAGGCGCAAUGUGCAGUUCUAGCACGUGCUGGUAAGGUGUAUGCCGCCGCAUCAGAGGACAUGGAUACAUUAUGUUUCAACGCGCCCAUCUUGCUCCGACACCUCACUUUCAGUGAGCAGCGGAAAGAACCUAUCCAAGAGAUUCAUCUCGACAAAACUCUAGAGGGAUUGGACAUGAACCGAAAUCAGUUCAUUGACCUAUGUAUCCUUCUGGGAUGCGACUACGUUGACCCGAUUCCAAAAAUCGGACCAAACACGGCCCUGAAACUCAUCCGAGAAUACGGUUCACUCGAAAACGUCGUCGAAUUCAUUGAAAAUGAUCCGAAGAAGAGAUACUCCCUUCCUGAAGACUGGCCGUACAAAGACGCAAGAGAGCUGUUCCUCAACCCCGAUGUCCGAUCGGCCGAUGAUCCCGAGUGUGAUUUUAAAUGGGAGGCACCUGAUGUGGAAGGUCUUGUUCAAUUUCUUGUCAACGAGAAGGGAUUCAAUGAAGAUCGUGUACGAAGCGCAGCCCAGAAAUUGCAAAAGAAUGUCAAAACAGCACAACAGUCCAGACUGGAGGGGUUUUUCAAGGCUAUACCAAAGACCGAGAAAGAGAGGAAGGACCUGAAACGCAAGCACGAUGAGAAAGUUGCUGAAGCAAAGAAGAAAAGGAAGGAAGAUGCAAAGACCAAGAAAGAAUCCAAAGCGAAGGCCCACCUCUCGACAUGA